AUUUUCUUGAAAUUUCAUAAAAUUAAUACACUGGCAUUAUCCACCUCUACUUGGUCUUUCCCGCGUAUGUCCUCUCUUCCUCUUUCACUCCCAAGACACCCAUCUUCACUCUCGGGGCAAACCCUACAAUCUCACUAUCAAAUGGCUCAAGUGCUCUUUGUCCGAGUAUUUAACUCCACAGAAAUGUAUAAAGCUUCUUCUUCUCCUCCUUCAAAACCAUCAAAAUUCACCAAGAAAAUCCGAGAGCCAAACCCUUCAAUUUCGACUCGUAAAACAGGUCCUGUCAAUCCUGCACACAAAAAGCAGAAGCUGAAUUUGGAGGUUUCUCCUCACAGAGCUGUCUCGGCAGUUAGGUUGAUGCGUAUAGAGCUUGGUGGUGCUUUUGCUGACCUCUUGAAUCGGAGUGGGAAGGGUUCAGGUGACAAUGAAAUGGCAUAUGUUGAAAGAACUCUUGGGUUUCGCACCCGUGCUUUGGAUGAUAAAGAUCUCAGACUGGUCACAGACAUUGUUGGAGGCACCAUUCGUUGGAGAAGAUAUCUUGAUCAUUUGAUUCUUUCAUUAUUCCAUGACGAGAACACAUUUAGAAGCAUAGAACCUCUUCUGUUACAGAUUCUCCGAAUUGGUUUCUACGAGAUUGUCAAGCUACAAAUGCCCCCAUAUGCCGUAGUGGAUGAGAAUGUGAGGCUUGCAAAAGUUUCUCUGAGACCCGGUGCUGGUAACAUGGUCAAUGGGGUUCUUAGAAGACUAGUUUUGCUUAAGGAAAAUAACUCCCUUCCUUUACCCAAAGUGGAAGGCAAUGAUCGUUCACAAUCACGUGCUCUUGCCACACUUCAUUCUCAUCCAGUUUGGAUGGUGCGACGAUGGAGAAAGUACCUUGGGCUUGAGGAAGCUAUUAAGCUGAUGAUAUGGAAUAACAGUGAUCCCAGUUAUAGCCUCAGGGCAAACAGUGGAAAAGGUUUCACAAGAGCCGACCUUGUGAUGCGGCUCGAAACAUUGAAGGUCCCAUAUGAACUUUCUUCCCAUUUGGAUGAUUUUGUUCGUAUCAGAACUGGGAUGCAGAUUGUAAAACAAGCUGGAUUACUGAAAGAAGGGUUAUGUUCAGUCCAGGAUGAAAGUGCAGGUUUGGUAGUUUCUGUUGUAGAUCCACAACCUGGUGAGAGCAUUAUUGAUUGUUGUGCUGCUCCUGGAGGGAAGACCCUUUUCAUGGCAUCCCUUUUGAAUGGCCAAGGUAAGGUAUCCGCAAUUGACAUAAACGAAGGCCGGUUGAGAAUCCUUAGAGAGACAGCCAAGUUGCUCCGAGUUGAUGAUAUCGUCACCACCAUUAAUGCUGAUCUUCGUAUAUUUGCUGACAAUGAUCAGGUAAAGUUCGAUAAAGUUUUGCUGGAUGCUCCAUGUUCUGGACUGGGUGUCCUCUCCAAGAGAGCAGACUUGCGUUGGAAUAGGAGAUUAGAAGAUUUGGAACAGCUUAAGGAUUUACAAGAUGAACUUCUUGAUGCAGCUUCCAUGUUGGUAAAGCCUGGCGGAAUACUGGUAUAUAGUACCUGUUCAAUUGAUCCUGAAGAGAAUGAAGAGAGGGUGGUUGCAUUCCUUAUAAGACAUCCAGAAUUCAGCAUAGAUCCUGCUGAAAGAUAUGUACCACCUCAUUUUGUCACAGAACAUGGUUUCUAUUUCUCAAACCCUGUGAGGCAUUCACUUGAUGGAGCCUUCGCAGCUCGUCUUGUUCUAUCUUCAUAAAACAAAUGUAAAAUUUCUUGAAGUUGCUUCCAGGCACACCCAGUUCCCGGUAGAAAGUCCAUUUCACAGGCCACAGUCUCUCUCCUUUAUGGUUCCCUCAACAGAAACUCACUUUACAAUUGAGGCGUGAUGAAAACCCUCUAAACUUAUUGAGAAGACAGAUGACUGAGCACAAGUGAAAAAAGGGUUAACAUGGGACCAGCCCUCAUUGGGUGUUUUAAAAGUAUACAUGAAUGCAGAUCCUGUGAGUUUGCAAUAAUGGGAUCCAGAAUGAGAGUCGGACGUCAAUACAGAGGCAAAUUAUCUGAUAUCUUAGAGCAUGUCAGAUUGAUAAACUCAGUUCCAAUUAAUUCCGAUGAUAAGACAUUGGGAGAUGCUCCAGGAACUUCAUUCACGACAGCUCCUAAGUUUUAUCUUGAAGAGGCACAUCACCAGUUGGCAGUUGGGAUCAUUGAUGGAUCAGAUCAGUGAACUAUUAAUGCCAUUGGUUUACGUCUAUGUAAAACCUAUAUAGUUUUACUGAUUGUAGCCAUUUUGUGUAGUUUUAUCUAUUCUUUUAUAACCUUUGUAGCAUUUCCAUGACUGUGAUGCAAGUCUCCGUGGAACUAAUAGUGAGCUCAUUUGAUUCUUUGUAUACUGCUGAACCUCAGCUUGGUAAAUGAGUUAGAAACUUCGGAUU